AUGGCGUCCUAUGAUCAGCUCAAAGAGCCUACUGGCGAGGACUAUACUCUUACCUUCGAUGUAGGAGCAUUGGGCAUUCCGUUGGACAAUGAGCCGUUCAUACCUGUUGAAAUGCAUGACCAGGUUAUCGAUUUCCCCCAUCAGAACCCCAAUGAAAUUGACAUAGCCUACCCGGAGCACAUGCUUAAUAAAUACAUCGCGUCAGAGACUUGCAAGGGUCUGGAGAAACUUCCAAAGAUCAAUCACUCUAAUCUUGCUUCCCCUGUUCAUAACCCCGACCACACCCAGGUUGGCAAUACAUCGGAUUACGAGCAGUACCAUGCUGAAUUCUUUGGUAUGAACUCCGAACCCGAUUCCGAGGACCCUGUGCCGGGACCUGUGCAUGAACCUGAGAAGGAAAGUCAGUACCCGGAGGCUUACAUGGACCCGCGUCUUCUCAUGUACGAUCCUGUCUUUUGGAUCUGCCCCGAGCAGGGAAAUAACAGUCCUAAUAUGUCAUCAAUGCCGCAAUCAAGCACCUCGGGACUCAUUAAGGACAUCCAGGCCAUGGAGCCUUUGUUGGCCCAGCAGUCUUGGGUUUCCUAUAUAGCACCAGCGCCCUGCACGAAGCCAGCAUCCUACACAGAACCGACAUCCUAUACAGGGCUAACAUCCUGCCCGGAGCCGACAUCCAAUACACAAUCAGUAUCCUAUAUGAACCCGGUCUCUUAUCCUAAACCGGUGUCCCAUCCGGAAUCGGUGUCUUAUCCGGCACCCGUAUCUUAUGUGGGGCCCGUCUCUUAUCCGGAGCCAAUCUCUUAUCCAGAAUCCGUAUCUCCCCCGGAGUCAAUGCCCUAUACGGAAUCGGUAUUCCGGCCCCAGCCCCAGCCCCAGCCACUGGAAGGCAAUAGCUCGCUCCCCUUCCGCUUGCGCCCCAACCCCAUCACCACGCCUGCUUCUCCCGCUCCUAGCACUUGUGUCCAGAAGCGCAAGUACGAAAGUUACUACUUCGAUAAGGCUCCUGCAACGCAGUACGGACAAACGGUGGGGCAGUUUAUUUCUCAGUAUCAAGCUCGCUCCAAGACCCCCUGCACCGAGCCGGUGGUUAACAGUCCUGGCUGCAACCAGUCCCAAAUGAGCCUAUCCCCUCAAGAGCAAGAACGGCCAAGCAAGAAGGCCAAGGUUCCCAGUGGGCAAGAAAUAAAUGCCAAGAAUCUUUAAGAGAUACGUGUUGUGAACAGUGUGAGAAAGGUUCCAUGCACCGGGAACACUGCGAUAAGGGGAGGAUUUCGAUUUCUUUACGCUUGGUUUGCGCCAUACUUACCUACCUAAGGUAUGCAUUUGAUCUUAAGACAAGAUCGCGAGGAGGAAUAACGAGAUGGCUGAUGGACGGUAAAACACAUGGCCUCCAGUAAUGUUGCAUAAAGCAACAACGGCUUUGCAUUAUUGAUUUUUUCUCUUUUUUCUAUUGCUUUUCUUUCCUGGGAUUUAUAAAGCUCUCUCCUUUCUACGGGAUUAUUUGGCAAAUGGUGCCAAACGAGAUGAUCACCCGGACAAGAGGAUAACUAAUGUGUAAUAUUCAAGAAAUUGCGAUGCUUUUCGUUUCGUACUCUUCAGUCAUUCUUGUACUUGCAGGUAGUGGUCACUAUUCUCUGGCGCACUAUCCCGCACAUAUAGCAAAUGCGAUGUUUUUUUCUAUGUGUUCAUAGUUGAC